AUGAAUCUUCCAUUUCAAGAUGAACUCACUCCAGGAGAUAUGGAUGAUUUCGGUCUCGGCGAUUUCCAACAUUACCAACCAUCUCCAGAUACCCUUAAACAAACCCUCCAAGACACACAAGCCCCACCUCCACCUCAAGAACAAGAGGAUUCUGCCGACUUAACUAGUCUCGCACAACUGAAACAACCACUUGUAUUUAUAUCCAAAUUCACCGAUCCAUAUCUUAAUCUAGCAUUAGAAGAUUUCAUCUACACACAAAUGCCAAAACCUGACCCAACUUCCACUUCAAACUAUAACCGAUUAAUGUUCUACAUCAACACUCCAUGUGUGGUUAUCGGCAAGAAUCAAAACCCCUGGAAAGAAGUCAAUCUCCCCUUAUUAAACUCCCUCAAAAUCCCACUUCUAAGACGUAGAUCCGGAGGCGGGACAGUGGUGCAUGAUUUAGGAAAUGUGAAUUAUUCAUUCAUGACAACAAAAGACAAAUUUGACCGGUUUCUGUUUGCAAACUUGAUAACAACGGUUAUUAAUAAUAUCGUCAAUGACCAGAAAAAGAUUAUGGUGAAUGAACGGGGGGAUAUUGUGACGAAAGAAGGUGGGUUUAAGAUAAGUGGAAGUGCUUAUAAGUUGGCCAAGGGGAAAUCAUAUCAUCAUGGAACCAUGUUGUUGAAUUCGAAUCUUGAAGUUUUGAAGAAAUUGUUACAUCGAGAUGAAUCGAAGUUGGGUAUUGUGGAUGCUAUGAAUUCUAUUAGUUCUGUGAAAUCAAAGGUGAUUAAUUUGGGAUUGGAACUGGAGAAAUUUAUCCUGGCUGUGAGUGAUGAGUUCCAGAAUGAGUAUGGGUUAGAGGUUGAGAGAAAGCAGCCAGAACCUGUUGAGCAGGAAGAAGAUGAGUAUGAUCAAGAUGAAUUAUUUGGAUUUAAUCAAUUUGUGGGUGAGUCUGAAAGGGCAUGUAAAGUAAUUACUGUAUCAGAUGAAUCCUUGAUCCCGCAAGAGGUGCAUGAAACCGCUAGAGAGUUGAGAGAAUGGAAUUGGAGAUUUGGAAAUACUCCCAAAUUCACUCAUACUUUAAUGAAUGACCAAUAUGGAUUUCAAGUUAAAUUCAUUGUAGAUAGACAUGCCAUUAUAGAAGCAUUGGAAUUGACCAGUGCUGACGAAUCAGUUCAAAUGCAUUUCAAAUAUCUUGAGGAAUAUAUUAAAGAACAUAAAGGUUUAGAAUAUACAGGUAGCAAUAUUGCUGGAUACAUCACUCAUGAUGAAAUAAGUGAUUGGAUUGGACAAAGUAUAGAUGGAAGUAUAUAG